ACGUUUGCAAGCCCUGAUCACAAUAAACCUGUGUUGUGGGAUCAGAAAAAUCCGAAUUAUUAUAAUAAGUAUACAAAGAAUGAUGCCUGGGAAGAAUUAGCAACCGAAAUGGGAAUCAGUUUAGAUGAUUGUAAGCUAAUAGUUAAUAGUUUGCAAUCAUCAUUGCGUAGAGAGAAAUCGAAAAUAAAACGAAGUCACGGAACUGGAACAGGCAGAGAUGAAGUUUAUGAGGGUACGUGGUUCGCAUUUAAAUCUUUAUCAUUCCUUAUGGACAAAAAUAUACCUCGUUCUGCUUUGAGUACUGUAAAUCAUUAUGUAAAUACUUAA